CCUUUUUUGUUCCCCCCGCCUAGAAACACGCCCUGAUGGAGCAGGUCGCCCACCAGACCAUCGUCAUGCAGUUCAUCCUGGAGUUGGCCAAGAGCCUCAAGGUGGAUCCCAGAGCUUGUUUUAGGCAGUUUUUCACCAAAAUUAAGACGGCCGACCAGCAGUACAUGGAAGGUUUCAACGAUGAGUUGGAGGCCUUCAAAGAGAGGGUGCGGGGUCGGGCCAAGGUGAGGAUCGAGAAGGCCAUGAAGGAAUACGAGGAAGAGGAGCGACAGAAACGCCUGGGCCCCGGCGGGCUGGACCCCGUGGAGGUCUACGAAUCCCUCCCACCCGAGCUGCAGAAAUGUUUCGACGUCAAAGACGUCCAGAUGUUGCAGGACACCAUCAGCAAAAUGGAUCCCACUGUGAGUUUUCCAGGAUUUUUUGCCCCCCCCUCCCUCCCACCCGAGCUGCAGAAAUGUUUCAACGUCAAAGACGUCCAGAUGUUGCAGGACACCAUCAGCAAAAUGGAUCCCACU